AUGUCAUUCGACGCAGCGCAACACCGUGCUCAUCUCAAAGACUUUCCAGAAUAUAUCACUGCUGGUAACCUCAAAAACAAUUACAUGUGGCAGACACAGAAAUACGGACGAUUGCUGAUGCAAAAGAGUACACGACAACCCCUAAACAUCAUAAUGGUAGGAUGUGUGGAAGCUUACCGCUUCAAUUGUGGUCCUGCUGGAACCUGUUUCAAACUGGACGUUGCUGGUCUUGAAAAGUCUAAACAACAGUUCCACCUCGGAAAACCUGCAGAAGAACUGUUCGCAGAGGACUUUAUGCGUGCAGUCACAGUCCUGGAGAAAUUACAGACUGCAACAGCCAAGACUAAAGAGAAGAAGAACCUGAUAGUCAAAGAAUACGACGAGACAAUGGUUAGAUUCAUGCAUCGCCUGUUCAAAAAAAGGGAGAAACCCAUUUUACAACCCAAAAAGUUCGGGACUUACCUGGAGGACCUCGAGAAUCCAUCUGAAUUGGAGCAACAAGAAGAUUGUGAAAUGGUGGAUGAAGAGACUGACCUAUGGCCUGUGCCUCCCCAUCUCGCCAAGGAGCUUGAAAGAAUCAAGUACAACUUCAUCACCAAUCCUCUCCCCAUAUACAAAGAUGAAGAAUUCGUGGGACCGGCAGCUGUGGAAAAAUGCAUGAGUGAAGCCCUUGUAGAGGUAACUUUCAAUUUGGAGCAUUAUGCCAUCUUCAAACAAAAUGAACCUGUGCACGACACCUUCGAUGCGGACAUCCUUCAGGUAAAUAUCUUGAAAGAUGGAGAUGAUACACCUCUGAGCGCGUUUAAACUGCACGAUGUGCAUGAAGGCCCAGUGAAGCUGCAAAAGAAGAGGUCCCUGGUGAUGAGUGCUGAAGAACCUGCAGCUAAGAAGACAAAAAAGAAUGACGAUGGGAAUGCGACAACGUCACAGAAGGGAAAGCAGAAAGAAGUGUGA